AUGACGGUGCCCCAAGAAACACCUGCAUGCAGUUUUGACACAAGCAGAUCACUUACAAAAUCUUUACUCAAAUACGACAUUGAAACGUGGGAACUGCCCUGUUCUUGUUCUUUAUUAAGCAAUGAAUUCAAUGGUUGGGACAGGCCCUGUCACCAUGUUGCGACAGAGAACCGCCAAGUAAAGCGGAAUAAACGCGCAACCAUUCCACAAGAGACACCCGUGAGGGAACCAACGAUACUCGCUCAUAGACCAACGUAUCUCAAAGUACAGCCACUGAAGAAGAAAAAGAAAGAACUACGGCUGCAAGAGACGCAUGGCACUACUGACAAGGAGAACAUCGCCCUUCCAAAGAUCAAUCCGCACAACAAUAACUCAGCUGAUCAACAACCAGCGCUAGUUGUUCCUGGUGUCUCGAAUACAACCAAGGCGCAAGAUCCCGAAUAUCCUAAAGUGCACCUUUUCAAGCACUACCAGAACGCAAAAACGUAUAUACGGGAGUACCGGAAGAUCCACCAAGCGUUACGAUACAGGGGAGGUAAUAGUCCAAUUCUAGGAUUAGAUGUACCAGAUCCUUACGUUGUUCGACUAAGCGAAUUGGAAAUUAGUCGCUAUGAUUUGCGUAAAAAAUUGCGGCAAAUCUAUGCGAAAUACGCCAAGGAACCAGUGCAUAUCCCCUCUUUGUUGUUCUAUGGGUCAGAAACCCGAUGACUCGACAACAUCCAACCCUGUUAGUAAGGACAUUGCGAACAAAGUUAGGCGACACAAAAUUAAAAGAACACAAGAAGAAAACAACUUCUACCGCUCUGAACAAUGAAAAUUGCGACAAAGCAGCUAUAGACACAAAUAAAAGUGAUGAACGCGCUAGACUUGAAGACGGAAUUAGCAAACCGAUCAAGAUGCCACCUUUGGAUAAUCUGUUUGUCGGUUCAAGACCAAUUAAAGAUAAUAGAAGAUUGCCGAAUCUGUCACCGACAAUUGUUAAACGAAAAACAACUAAUUCAGAAACAGGUAGAACCAGUUUACCAGAGUUAACUAUGAGACGGAGAGAUGUUCACGAUCUUGCAUUAACUGGCGGCUUGACGCCUUCGACGUCAUUUCCGUUUCCGGUUCACGUGGUAGACGACGCUCGAGCCGUACGGGGUGAUAAACUAAGCAAUAAGGAUUUUUCAAAAUCAAAAAAGAAAAAGACAGCAUCCACUUUAUUGGAAUCAAUAAAGAAAGUGGCUGAAAAACGCAAAGUGCAAUAUGCAACAAAAAUGGCACUAAGGGCAAGCAAUGAAAACACCAACGAAAUGCCCAAAGUGAACCCAGGCCGAUAUAUCCUUGAGGCCAUUAACAGUUCGUGUACUGAGAGUGACAACAAUAGUUUCGAUGACCAGGGAAUAGAAAAUGAUCAAAGCACUGGAGAAUACAAACAUUCAGUGACGGGUCAAAGGGAAAUCGAAGGACAUCCUGCAGAAUAUAGAUCUCACAAUCAUGACAAACUGCUAGAUUAUAAGAAUCGCAACAGGGGUGAUUUGCAAUUAAAAUCUAUUUAAAUCUAGAAUCAAUCAUGGUAGAAACAAUAUGGUUAAGAAGAUGCUUUUUGAGUCAAUCCUAACGGUUAACGUUCCAGUAAGCAAGUUGAGUUGAUAGCUAAAAUCGUAAAA